AUGAAUAGGUUGUGGGAUCAAAUUCGACGGUCUCAGGAUGAAGAUGAUGAAGAGAUGAUGGUCACCAAUGCCAUUGUCAUCGCUGCAGUCGCAGAAGAAUCUGGAAACCAACACCGAGGGCGCGGUUCUCAUCCGGGUCGUGCACCAAAUGAGGAAAGACUUAGAGAAGAAAGGGGCAAAAAUAUGUUGGCCGACUACUUUGUCGACCGGCUAGUGUUCAAAGAUUGGGAGUUCCGAACACGUUACAGGAUGAGUCUCAAUCUCUUCAAGCAUAUAUUUACUGACCUUUGCCAGUAUGAUAGUUACUUUGUUCAAAAGUCAGAUGCUACCAGCAAAGUCGGACUGCUUCCGGAGCAGAAGAUGACAGCUGCCUUGCGAAUGCUUGCUUACGGUGCGGGGGCAGAUCAAUGUGCUGAGUAUUGUCGGAUGGCGAAAUCCACCUCCGUCGCAGCCUUUCAACAAUUUACACGAGGAAUUGUUGAUCUUUACUUAGCAGAAUACCUCCGCGCUCCUACUGCUGUCGACCUCAGACGACUUCUUGCCAAAGCUGAGAGGAGAGGUUUUCCAGGAAUGAUUGGGAGCAUCGACUGUAUGCAUUGGCAAUGGAAGAAUUGCCCGACAGGUUGGGCUGGAGAAUAUAGUGGUAGGAAACAGAUCCAGACUAUCAUCCUGGAAGCAGUCGCAUCUUACGAUACCUGGAUUUGGCACGCAUUCUUUGGAAUGCCCGGGGCAUGCAACGAUCUCAACGUCUUGGCAAAGUCUCCGUUGUUUGAUGAGCUUACCGCCGGUAGAGCACCUCAGAUCCAAUUCCAAUCACGCUUUGGUAUUGUUAGAGGAGCUACUCGUGGGUGGCAUAAAGAAGACCUCCGAUACAUCAUGUUGACUUGUAUUAUAUUACACAACAUGAUUGUCGAGGAUGAACGACCUGAAGACAGCGAUGAUGAGUUGGAGUCCGAUGAUGAAGAAGAUAACAAUAUGAGGCCCAGGAUUGCUGAGGUAUGGGAGGGACCAACCGAUAGAGACUUUGAUCCUGUUGGUAGAGAUGGUCAUAAUAUCAACGGAUUCAUGGACCGCUACCAAGAAAUUAGAUCUGAGCACAAUCACUCCAACCUUCAGGAAGACCUCAUUCAGCACUUUUGGGAAUUUCAAGGCAACAGGCGUAUCUAG